AUGACACCUUCAAAAGCCAAUAACGAGGGUUCUGAAAAUUCACUUUCAAAAACCAAAAAGACUGAAGAUUCACCUUCAACAGUGAAAGAAGAUCCAUCUUCAAAACCAAGCAAGAAGACCAAGAGUCGUCACCGUCGCCAUAACUUGGACUCGUUCUCGGUCUACCUUUAUCGCGUGCUACAAGAGAUCCAUCCAGACAUCGGGAUUUCUUCUAAGGCAAUGAAUGUGAUGAACUCAUUCGUCAAUGACCUGUUUGAUCGCAUCUCCAGGGAGGCUAGCAAGUUGUUGCGUUAUAACAACACGCGUACGAUUACGGCUCGUGACAUCCAAACAGCUGUUCGUCUAUUGCUACCUGAUGGAUUAGGACGACAUGCGGUUUCUGAAGGUAUGAAAGCAAUCGCGAAGUAUAGCGGUUCGAAAAUGAAGGAUACAAAGUGA